AUGGUGGUCGACCAAGCCAAAAAGAGUCGCCAAUGCAAGGACUAUGACAUUCCGAUUGAUAAAUCUAACAGGACCCUGGGGAUCGCCAACGAGUUCCCCAAUCCUGCUUCAGCCUCCCAAAAGAAGAAAGGCACGGAAGGAGAAGCCACAAUUCAAGAGAAGCCGAAGUCUACUGAGCCAAAGGAUAAUGCACCCAAGCAAAAGGCCAACGAAAUUCUUGCCAACCCAAAGAGCACCUUCCAAGAACGGCUCACUGCCGUUCAAUCGUACCUGGACGUCUUGGCCAAGCCUGUUGGAUCUUUGGGUACUCUCGAAGCCUGGGCCGCUCGUUUGGCUGCCCUCCACCGCAGUCUAUCGCCGAAUGUGGACCGGGUGGCCUGUUUGAUCUUUGCCGGUGACCAUGGAGUGGCAGCACCAAAAGCUCAAGGAGGCGAAGAAUGUUCUGCCUAUCCACAAGCUGUGACAAAAUCGGUGUUGCUGGGUUUGCACCGUGAGGUAGCAGGAGCAUCCGUCUUGGCAAAAGGUAACAAUGUCGAUCUGCGCGUUGUCGAUGUGGGAGUUAUCCUUGGCGACGAUCAGGGGCCUUUUGAAAACAGCAGUGUUGUGAAAGUGUCGUCCAGGAAGUUGCUACACGGAACUCAGAACUUCUGUGUCGAACCUGCGAUGUCAGAAGCAGAAUGUGAGCGCUGUAUGAUCGUUGGAAGGAAAAGCCUCAACGAAUUUGUUGAAGAGACUUCGGCCAAGGCUGUUGUAUUGGGAGAGAUCGGUAUUGGCAACACUACAAGCUCGUCUGCGCUCAUUGCUAUUAUGACCAGUAAGUCUGCCAGAGAGGUUUGUGGAGGAGGAGCCUUUGUGACAAAGGAGGCAUCCCAAGAGGUAAUCUUGAAGAAAAUUGACGUUGUCGAGCGAGCUUUGUCAAGGCAUUUUGGCGCAAAUGCGAGCCGUCAAGUCAAUGUCCAGGGAUUGGAAGCCUUGGCUAAGCUUGGUGGUGCCGAAAUCGCAUCUUUGGUUGGGGCCUUUUUGGAGGCCUCCACACGUGAGAUUCCUGUUCUGGUGGAUGGAUUUAUUGCAACAGCAGCAGCGUUGGUUGCCGUCGCCAUUUCGCCCAAUGUUUGUAAUGUAUUGUUCUUUACCAGUCAAUCUGCCGAGAUAGGGCAACGAGCUGCGUUGGAAAAGAUACAAGAAAUUGCCAUGGCAAACGGAUUGCCCAUUGAUAACAUUCCGGCUCUUUCAAUGGGAUUGCGAAUGGGAGAAGGAACAGCAGCGCUUUUAGCUGUUCCGAUCUUGCGAAGCUCGGCCAAUGUGCUCUCCGAUAUGGCCACAAUUCAAGACAUUCUUUCGUGA